GUUUAUGGAAUGCCGUGUAUGGAUGGUCGUUUUGAGAGCCGAGCCCGAGCCCGAGAAAGCAAAAGGAGGUGACGGAAAAUUGCUUGGUUUUCUGGCCCAGGUAUUUUCAAAUUUGAGAAUUUAGGGUCAGUUUAGAUGAAUAAUUUUGUAAAGACGAAUGGAUAAUUCAGCAGUGGAACACAGAUCUGAUUCUACUACUCACCAUGGAGAGGAAGGUCAAAGGUCAUCGGUCAAUGAGAGAUGGGUCAUAUCUGAAAUUGAAACCCCUUUGAGAAGUACAGUGCAUCAGACUUGCCCAACCGAAACCGCACAAUAUGCCAAUGUGCUUGCUAAAGAACCCUGCCACUCCCAGCUUCAAGACCAAAAGAGGGCCCUGGACACACCAAGGAUGAGCAAAAGUGAAGUGUUACAUCAUCAGCGUGAGAAUCACUUUAUUGACAAUGAUCAAGAUUUAGGUCUUCAUGACAGCUCACAAGAGCACGAGGAAAAUCAGGACAGUUACAUGCUUGCCAGUGAACAAUCUGGUCGUCCAGAUAGCAACAUGGAAGAGAGUGAAGAUGGGUGCAAGAACCAAACAAGGCAAGGAAUGAUUCCUUUGCGGCCUCUCCACAAGACAUUGAAAACAAAGGGAGAUAACCAACAUGUCAGAAAGAACAAGGGCACAUUCCAGCAGAAUGAUUGGUCAAAUCAAGGGGAAAUGCCCAGAAGUCUUCCAUUUGGGACAGUCGAAUCAGCAGAUCACAGACUUCAUGUAUGUGCAAAUGAAGAUAAAGAUCCUGUUGGGGAUCUAGGUCUCCAAUUACAUAGGGACAUCGUUGGUAAUCGUUUGGAGAAGACCCCCAAAGCAUUGCAUCUCCAGGGGCGAGGUUUAAGUAAAGCAGAUGGGACGAUCCUGCAAUCUGGCCUUACGUCCAAGAAUUCAAGAAUGCCAAGUCUUGAUAAAAUUGUGAACAAAUUGCGAACUGUGAAGGAAUCCGAGGAAGCUUCAAGUGUUGCAGCGGAUGCUGAACCUGACAAAGACUCCUUUCUUCAUGGUGUUACUAGGAACAUUCCUGAGAAGACCAAUACCAGUAGGAAGGAACAGAAGAGAGUGGGUUCAGGUGUCUUCCAGAGCAAAGAUAGAGACAAACUUUCAAAGAAAAGGAAAAUUAGCAGAGGACAAAUGCUUCAGCCAACAAAGACUGGUAAAUCUGUUGAAAAUGACCUUGCAGAAAAGAAAUGUUUAGUAGUGGAGAGUCUAGUAGUUGGUGAAGCGUUUGUAGGUUCUGCUUCUGGUGGCAUUAUCCUUGAGAAACCACCCGGACAGCAAUGUGCUGUGUGCAAAGAAUAUGUUCCUCAAGCAAACCUAAACAGCCAUCGCUGUAAGGUGGGUAUCUCAAAGACCAAAACUUCUGUCGGAGAUAUAAAGUCGUCAGGUAGAUCUCAAAAGCAGAAUUCUUACCUAUGCAAGAAUUGUCAGAGACCAGUCAAUGAAGGGGAUAAUAAAGUUGGUAAGCAGAAACCUCUAUGUGGGGAAUGUGAUGGAAGAGAAGACCAGACAAAGUGUGUUGAUGUCUCUGAAGAUGUUCUCAGGGGAAUUCACAAAUGCACUCAAUGUGAGGAAUCCUUCAACAGCCGCUCCAGUCUUAGCUUGCACCUACUCACCCACGUACAAGUCAAGCUCAUCAGAUGUGACGUUUGUGACAAGAUCUGCAGAACCGAGGGCAUGUUGGCAACGCAUAAACGGAUCCAUGCUGGGCAGCAUCCUUACCAGUGUCACAUCUGUGAUAAGACCUUCGGGAAAAGCAAUACCCUUACUUGCCACCUCAGGACGCACAGCGGGGAAAAACCAUACCGAUGCGAUCUCUGCGACAAAUCCUUCACUCAGAACAGCGCCCUCACUGUUCAUAAACGUAUUCACUCCGGUGAGCAGCCAUAUUGUUGCAGCAUCUGCGGUAAGAACUUCCGGGACAGCAGCAACCUUCGGAGGCACGUUCGAAUCCACAGCGGGGACCAACCGUUCGAAUGCAGCGUGUGCGAGAAACGAUUUAGCACUAAGGAUCAUUUGAGCACACACUUUCGGAUCCACACCGGGGAUAAGCCAUACCAGUGUUACGUGUGUGACAAGGCGUUCACACAGAGUAGCACGCUUGUGGGCCAUAUGAAGACACAUGCUGAAAACACCCCAUACAAGUGCAAUGUUUGCCAAGAAGGCUUUAGGGACAAGAGAAAGUAUUCAUCCCAUAUGAAUCUGCAUGCUGAGGAAACCAAUACAUAACCUAUGCAUCUUCAACUUUAAGAACAUUCAUCUGGGGCCUGUUGCAGAAAGAGUUGCGUUAAACGCAAGUCCCGAAUGCGGGUGCUUCAUUGGCUGAAAAUCAAGUUGCGCAAGAUUUUUGAGUUGCAUUUGAUCGCAACUCUUUUAGCAACGGGCCCCUGGUCCCCAUCUUACUAAGAGUAACGAUUUAUCCAAUUAAUCCAUCCAAUGGAAAUCCAUUAAUGUCAUCAUUUGUUUACAGGAAGUUUUUACAAUGUCCUCUGUAAACAAAGAGAAGCACACUGAAUUUUCAAGAGACCAAUACAUCAUAUCUAGAAAAUAUUUUGAGCAAAUUUUCAUUUUAGAUGUUAAGGUUGCUGGUAAUCCAUAGUUGUGGUUGAUGGAAUCAAUCGCAACUCUUUGUAAGAAGGGCCCUGUAGACCCAAUAUUGAGCCUGAGUUUUCUCUGGCUAACGUAAGGGCUAGACUGUUUAAGCAAUUGUAAAAUGUGUGUUAUGUGAAGAGUUCCAUUCCAAAUAGUACUACAUGUACAAGCAGAAUCAAUUCUAUCACUCGGAGCCCUUUUAAAAAAUACGUACAACUAUGAUGACUUUGCUAUUAUUGUAAAUACCAUAGAAACCUUGAUUGUGAUUUGAAACUGAGCCGUUAAACAAUAAUUUGCCAAUUCGUCCACUGCCAACUUGUCCACUCACCACAUGGUCUACUUUCAUUUUUUGUUCAAUCAACAAUUCGUUUGAUAACCAUUUGGUCCAAUGACGAUUCGGUCCAAGCAUCACCUUGUCUAAUCACAAUUUUUGUCUAUGACCCAACUGUGACAUACACGCUCUAUUCAUUAACUAAAUUUUCAUAUUAUUCAUUCAUAAUUGUCUAGGAACCUGAAUUAGUUUUCCUCACUUUUCAUAAAACAUCAGAAAAGAGCACAGUUCAGGGUUCCCAGCUAAUGAGGGAAAUCAGGGAAAAUUAUUUUACUUUUUUCCAGUCAGAGAAAAUCAGGGAAUUUGAUCAAAAAUACCUCAAAUCAGGGAAAAUGCCUCAAAUGAGGGGAAAAUCAGAGAAUUCUGAUUGGCCCAAAAGUUGAAAGUACGACUCAUAUUUUGUUGCAUAUCAAAACAACAUCCAUUGAAUGACUGGUUAUGGUGUUUUUUAGUGUAGCCUCUUUGACUGUAGUACAAAAUUUUAUGCUGAAAAUAAAUGUGAUUCACUGCAACAACUUACAAAACAUGCGACACUGGAAAUGGGUUUGAAUAAUUAUCAGGAAAUUUCUAAACCUCAUCAGGGAAAUAUCAGGAAAUAUGGUUUUCUUGAAAAGCUGGGAACCAUGAAUAACCAGUUGGUCUAAUAUCCAUUUCAUUUUGCACAAUUAUCACUCAGUCCAAUUAGACUUACAUGUAAUUUUGGAUUCAAUGUCUAUUGGACCAACUGUUUAUUAGACAAAAUGGUGAGUGGACGGAAUGGAUAUAGACCAUGUGGAUAGUGGACGAACUGAUAGUAGACCAAAUGAUAGUAAAUGAGUUGGCAUUAGACGAUUGGAAAUAAACCCCCUUUAACCACGGCAGGUUCCACAAUGGCCAAGUUACCAUAAUAGUUUGAUUCAUUAAACUCUUUAACUCUUUAUGAAUCAUGCCCCUCUAUCUCCCAGAUAGGUUACCAGCUGGGUCCUCGGAAGAUAACAUCAGAUAAUGAAUCAUGUCAGACCCUUAUUCAAAAAAAUGAAUUGUUGUUGAACUAUGAUUGUGCCUCACUUUUGUAAGCAAGUUCAAGUAUUAGAAAAUACACUAUCAAAUGAUUGAUAUUGUAAUGUUUCUUUCCCUCCCUGGAUACUUGUACCAAAUAAUAGUAGUCAAGAUUGAUGUAAUACCCCUUGGACUGAGGCCUUCAUACAUCUAUAGAAUAUUUCUUGCCAGCUCCAUGUAAUGUACAUUAUCCUUUUUCAACAUAAACAGUUCACUCAUUACGGAUGCAAUAUUAUUUGAUGCCAACACUCAUGGAAUAUCCAUGUAUUUCUUUCAUGGGAUCUGCCUCUUCAAUUGGUUUCUGUGUCCCCAAGACUUUCCGCAUGAAUCUUUAUACUUUUAUAUGUUAACUUUUCCCUGUUUUAACAGAAUGGGUGUGUUCAAACUUUCUAUUCAGAUGCUUGUUAUAAGAGACAUACGUGCUGAUGAUUACUGCAAAAUACACUGUACAAAUGAAGCUGCUGGAAGCUUGAGUGAACCCCAAGCUUCAAACCUUGCUGUCUCCUUAUAUUUUGAAGUUCUUGCUGAAUUUCUUCUGUAUUCACAAGUUCAUCUGGGGUUAUUGUUGAUCAGUGUUGACAAGUUUUAUAAAGUGUAGGAUGUGUUUUUUUUUUUCAAGUUCAUUGAAAAUUUCUAAAUUAAUUUGGGUCAACUUAUUGUUUGUUUGGAGGUGGCAACUAGGUCACCUAUAGAUAUAUUUCCAUGUUCUUUGGACAAAUCUGGGCAGUUUUCUACCUGUAUAAAGUUGGGUCCCCAGUCUUCCCGAAAACAGAAACUGAAUCACAAAAAUCAUGGAAUUUCACAGAAAAUUAAAUAAAUCAGCCCCCCCCCCACAAAAAAAAAGAUGUAUUAAUAUUAUCAUGAAAGUAAUUGCAAAAUUAUCUGCCUAUCAAAACAUUUUAGAGUGCUUAGCAUACAGUAUUUAAAGCUUCUAGGUCCAUUAUGUCACUAAAGAAAAUCAUUAGAAUGGACACAAAAGGACAUGUAAUUUGAAUUCUAGAAAAUGGAAAACCGGGGUCCCUAAUAACUACAAACUUUUGCAUCUCACAUUUGAAUCAAUUGGUGUUGUGUUUCUUAUGCUUAUGAAUUCACAUUUAAAAAUCAAUAAUCUGCAAAGUCGGUGCAAUUGUGAUCUAAGAAAUCACAAAUUAUUUCAUUGCCAGGUUACGGAUGAAACUGAGGUCAAGUCAGACCCGACAAAAAGCUUAUUUAAACAAGCAUGAUGCUCAAAAUGUAAUUGCAUUGGAGGAAUUUAUGAUAUUUUAAAGUUUUGCUCAAUUUUACAAAAUGGUUACAUAAAUAUUUUUUUUGCACAUCCAAGUCAGAGAGCGAAUGAUGAAGAUGAAAUAAUGACAUCAACUCUUUUUUUUUUUAUUAUAUGAAGUAUUUUUUUCUCAUUAUGUGAAAUCAAGUUUCAUUUCUACCUGAAUGUGUAGAAUUGCUGUUAUUGUCAAUGAAGAGGUUGACUUUGCCAAAUUUUCAACAAUUGAAAUAUUGUAUGAUUAUUGAUAUCAUUAAAUAUUGAAUGUUAAA